AUGUCCUCCUCUUCCUACGAAGCACAGGACGUACUUCGAGUCGAGGAUCAUGAAUCUGAUGCCAUUCGGAGUGAGCUCGGCAGCGACUACGGAAAGGUCGUUGCCGGUGCAGAAGCUGCAGCAAUCCACGAACAGCAAGAUCUCGGCGUUGUGGAGGCUUUCCGCAAGCAUUGGAAAGCGGCCCUCUGGAGCCUGGGGCUUUCUACGGCUUUGGUCAUGGAGGGAUACGACGUAGUUGUCAUCAAUUCCUUCUAUGGAUCAAACGCCUUCAUCGACCGCUUCGGAACUGUAGUCGGUAACUCCAAGGUCAUCACAGCUCCUUGGCAGACGGGUCUCUCCAACUCUGCUUUGGUGGGAGAAGUGAUCGGCUUGCUCGUACAGGGCUGGGCAUCGGACCGAUGGGGCUACCGACCUGUCUACAUGGCGUCCAUGGUCUUUAUGACCCUCACGAUCUUUAUCCCCGUUUUUGCGCAGUCUUUGCCGAUGCUUAGUGCCGGUGAAGUUCUGAUGGGCAUUCCCUGGGGUGUUUUUCAAACGCUCACCACGACGUACGCUGCCGAAAUCUGCCCCACUCAGCUGCGCCCUUACAUGACCUCGUACGUGUGCUUCUGUUGGGGCCUCGGCAUCUUCCUCAGCUCGAUCGUCGUUCGUGCGACCCUCAACAUGGCCGGUCAGUGGGCCUGGCGAAUGCCUUUUGCGCUCCAGUGGGUUUGGCCCGUGCCGCUCUUCCUGAUCGCGUACUUUGCGCCCGAGUCGCCUUGGCACUAUGCCCGUAAAGGAAAGUACGAGGAGGCCAAGGCUUCGCUCCGCAAGAUGCAGACCACACAAAGCGGCGAAGACGAAUCGCACAUCGAUAACAAGGUUUCUCUUAUGCGUCACACAAACGCACUCGAAAAGGCGGAGACUGCCGGUGCCUCCUAUCUGGAAUGCUUCCGCAAGGCCAAUGUUCGACGCACGCUAUUGGUCUGCAUAGUCUACUCGCUUCAAUGGUGGUGUGGCAAUCCCCUCAUGUCAUACUCGGUCGUCUUCUUCCGUCGUGCCGGUCUCAGCCAGAACAACGCUUUCAACCUCAACAUCAUCAUGAACACCACCUACAUGAUCGGCACCGUCUCCUCGUGGUUCCUGCUGCGAGGCAUGGGCCGCCGAACGCUCUACCUCCUCGGCGCCAGCUUCUGCUGCCUCCAUUUGAUCUUGAUCGGCACACUUGGCUUCUUUGAUUCCACGUCGAUCUCUUGGGCCAUCGGUUCGCUUCUGAUCACCUUUGCCCUUGCCUACAACUGCACCAUCGGCCCCGGCGCAUACACGAUCAUUGCCGAAAUCCCCUCGAGCCGCCUGCUCGCCAAGUCCAUCGUUCUUGCUCGUCUGACUUAUGUACUCACUGGCCUUGUGACGAACACCCUGACUCCGCGAAUGCUCUCCCCAGAUGCUUGGAACUGGGGCGCCAGAGGUGCCUUCCUUUACCUCGGCACUUGCGGUCUUAUCCUGGUCAUCCUCUUCUUCCAGCUGCCUGAAUCUCGCAACCGCACCACAGCCGAGAUGGACGAACUCUUCCACCAUGGUGUUCCUGCUCGCAAGUUUGCAUCGACGAAACUCGACCUCUACCAUGCGAAGCACUUCGCCACACCGAACGAUGGCGCUCGAAUCGCCUCCCUCACGGACAGCAAGGAUGAAAAGGACCUAGAUCACCCUGUGAACAUCGCCACUUUGGACGCCUGA